UACUGCGUGUAUAGGUGGCGUCGGCUAGCGGCGUGUCACGCGAGCUACAGACUACAGUAUAGUACGUAUGUAUGUAUAUGUACCCCUCCUGCUCCGAAACACACAACAUCAAAACACCGACAGCCAGUGAUUUCGUUAUUCGCUCUUAGUCGUCGUACCAAGUGACAUCGCGUCCUAGCAACAAUCGUUCGAGAAUAAAUUUUUGCAAGAUGUUGCGACUCGUCUUCUUGGCGAGCCUGUGCCUUGCCUUCGUCACUGCCGACGUUUUGAGAGUUCCACUGUACCGAGUAAAGAGUGCUAGAAGGACACUACAAGAAGUGGGAACGGAACUUCACCAAAUAAAACUUCGCUAUGGAGCUGAUCCAGUACCAGAGCCCCUGUCUAACUACUUGGAUGCUCAAUAUUAUGGAGAAAUUGGCAUUGGUUCACCUAUGCAGAAAUUCACUGUUAUUUUUGAUACGGGGUCCUCAAAUCUUUGGGUUCCUUCUAAGAAAUGUCACAUAACCAACAUUGCCUGCCUGCUCCACAACAAGUAUGAUAGCAGAAAGUCGAAAUCUUACAAGGCUAAUGGAACUGACUUUUCCAUUCGUUAUGGUUCUGGAAGUCUUUCUGGAUUUUUGUCAACUGACGUUGUUACCAUUGCUGGCGUGGAUGUGAAAGAUACCACCUUUGCUGAAGCUAUGAGUGAGCCUGGUUUAGCUUUUGUGGCAGCCAAAUUUGAUGGUAUCUUAGGAAUGGCAUAUGACAGGAUUUCGGUAGAUGGUGUUCCACCUGUAUUUUAUAACAUGGUCAAACAAAAUCUGGUACCUCAACCUAUUUUCAGUUUCUAUUUAAACCGGGACCCUAACGCGAAAAUUGGCGGUGAAAUGAUUCUAGGUGGCUCCGAUUCUGCUCAUUACACUGGUGAUUUCACUUAUGUUCCUGUAAGCCGCAAAGCUUAUUGGCAGUUCAAAAUGGACAAAAUCACCAUUGGCGAUAAAUUAUUCUGCGAAAACGGCUGCGAAGCUAUUGCCGAUACUGGAACUUCUCUUAUUGCUGGACCUGUUGGGGAGAUUGAAGGAAUAAACAAGAAAAUUGGCGCGACUCCAAUCGUGGCUGGCGAAGCAAUGGUAAGUUGUGAUGCUGUUCCAAACCUGCCCACGAUCGACUUUGUGGUUGGCGGAAAGAAGUUCUCUUUGAAGGGAGAAGAUUACGUGCUCAAGGUUUCCCAAUUCGGCAAGACCAUCUGCUUGAGUGGAUUCAUGGGCAUCGACAUCCCACCACCAAACGGUCCGCUAUGGAUUCUGGGUGACGUUUUCAUCGGUAGAUUCUAUACAGAAUUCGACAUGGGCAACGACCGCAUUGGAUUCGCGAAUGCUAAAUAGGAACUUUGCAAUGAAUUUAAUUUUAAUUUACUCAACUGAUUUGUUCAUCUCUUUUUACAUUCAACCUAUGACAACUAAGAAAUUUAACUAAGUUUUUAUCGCAAUUGUUAAUAUGAUGGAAAUAUGUGCUAUAAGAAUUCUGUGAUCAAGUGAUUUAAGUGAAUAUUGUAUGAAUGAAAUAAAGAUUUUAAUUCUGUAAAAAAA